UACAAAUUGACUGGUCAGACCACAUGGUCUGGUGGGAGGAUAAGAAGAUGUGGCUGCAGAAGACCAGAUUGACCCUCAACAACUAUGGUGUCCAGGCUGGGACCAGACUACACUUCACCCCUUGCCACAAGACUCUGAGGCUACAGCUCCCUGAUAUGCAACUCAUUGACCGUAGCGUCAACUUCUCCAAAAAUGUUGUCUAUGCUGUCAAAGAAGUCUGCAUAGAAUUAGGUAUCAAUCAUUCUGAAGAACUGUCAUUUCUGCGCAAACCGAAGAAGAGUUCCAAGCAAAAUGGGAAAUCUGCCGGGACGCGUAAGAAGAAAGAACGCGGGGACCGUGAUUCAAUGGCAUCCAGCAACAGCAAUGAGGCAGCAUCAAUAGGAAGCAUGGACGGUAUCGGACCUACAACUCCCACAAGGAGACCUUCACCAGGGAACUACAGGACACCCGGACAGAACGGGAACCCUGGCUACAGCUCUGGAUCCAACUACUCUGGAAGCAUUGAGAACUUGAAUACAUCGCUAGUGAACAGUCCACAGAGGCCCAGUGGUGAGGCCUUCGAAGGCCUUAUCAGGCCAUCAUCUUACAGAGAGAAGGCCUCUAUCAAUGCAGGGUAAGUACCUGUGGGUAAUGCAGUUUGGGGAAUGUCUGGAUGAUAGACUAGCACUUCUUAUCAUAAAGUCUUUGUUAACCUCUGACCUUUCGAGCUUGAAUAUCUUAUCAAGUUUCAUGAUAUAGGUCAUAUUUGGUGUAAACAUUUAUGAAGAAGAAAAUUCCUUGAGCGUCAAGACAUAUUGGCAGCUGCUUUAGAUAAAAUUAUGUGCUUCUCCCCAAAAAGUCAGAAAUAUCUUUAGAGAGAUUGAAAAUGACUGAAGCCCCAUUUGGGAAAGUCAGAGACCUUGCCCAUACCCAAAGAACAUGGCACUGUUUUUUAUCCCGGCUUUUAUACGUGUACCUGACUUAAAGCCUUCAGAGGGAAUCAUGCACGGAGAGCUCCAUACUCCUUGUUUCUGUCAACCAGUUAUGAAACUUUAUAAAGCCGUUGAAAGAUUCGCCAAAUUUGUGGCAGCGACGCCCAGCAUUUGAAAUGUUGGAAUAGGUUAAUCUGGAGGUCAAUCCCCCUGCAUUACAGGCGCAGUUGAAGUUCAUUGCUGUGAAUGUUGUUCUGUUUGUUUAGGCCUUCACUUUCAGUGGAUGCCCAUGGAGACUUCUACCGUUACAUUUGGGUUGAAUUUGGAUAGUGCAGGGUUACGGUAAUUGCAGUCAGCACGUAUUGAACUUGGUGUACAUGUAGGAACCCAAAGAAGGUGUUCUGAAGAAUUCAUUAUAAAUGCUACGUUUCUCAAAGACACUUGUUGCUAAUAACUCAAGUUAUAAAGAUUUGGAUUCUUAAUAAUAUAUUCAUAAUAUUCAAGUCUUUUUUCAUAAAUCUCCUCUUUAUUGAUAAUAUAUUCAGGAUAUAUUAUGUUCUAUGGAGGAAUAGAAAAUAAAAGAUUCAAUGUCAUGUACUCUUAUUCUUGGGUAUAAUGAGUAUAAUAGCCAGGGUAGAUAAAAGGGUUAAAAUUGUAAAUAAGACAAUACAUUAUUUAUGAAAAUAACAAAUAUUUACACCAUUAAACUAGCGGUUUUGUGAACAAUUGAUAAAAAUAAAUGAUGUAAAGCCAAUUGAUGCAAAGAACGAUUGAAUAUUGUGAAAAAUAGCAUGAAGUAUUAUUUGAUACUUGAUUUUAGACGAUUAUGACCUUUAUAUAGAUUGUUCAGACAGCAAUUGUUUGCACUUGAUCAGAAUUGAUAGUGGGGCAUAUUUGCCUACAUGUUGGCAGUCAUGUCCCUAACUGUAAACUUGGCUGAGAUUGCUGAUAAAUCCCAGAACAUGUAUCCCCAACAGCCUGCUCAGAUUUCACAUACCGUAUCAUAAUGCUAUUAUGAUUGUUUGUGCGGAGAGAAUAAGAGUUGGUGUAUGGUGGAAUGGAGAGCUCUGUGAAUUCUGGAGCUUUUUCAUGUGAGUGGUUUUGUGCAAGGUUCCAAUGUGGCCUGAAUUGCAUCCGUCGUUUCACUGGAGAAUGAUGAAAAUUUAUAAACAUUGUAAAAAUACUGAAAUUUCAAUUGAAGUAAAUCUCUUUAUUUGUAUCCUAGCUCUAAUAAUAUUUAGUUUUUAAGCAUGAAAUCAAUCAGACAGAAAAUGCAUUUAUUAAAUGAAAAAAAAAAAUUCUGCAUUAUUUUUUUUACUAGUGCAGCAAGGAAAUAAUCUGUAUCGUUUUGAUGGUAAUAAUAGCGAGUGAAAAUUCAUAUUUGAUGAAAUAAACUUUGCAUACAGUGCAGUGCCUUGGAAGUCGGUGCAUGGGAAAUUGACCACAGAGUCUGCAUGCCUAUUUGAGAAUCCCAUUCAUGAAUUCCAAGAUGUGUGUGGACUAGUCAGAAGACUAAUCGCAGCACUCAAUAGUCAAGACUAGAUUGGUCCUCAACGUCUCUCGAAUUGAAAUAGUCUGCACCCAUUCCGCAUCCACAAAUUUAUGAAAGGGGUAUCACUAUCGGUGAGAUCUAGGAUCUCGUUGGAGAUGAUGGUGGAAAGGCUACACCUUAAAUCAACCUCAAGUCCUCCAUGGACUCCAGAAAUAACACCUGGAAUGUGUCAAAACAUUUCUGAACAUGGCUUAGAUCAUGAACCUUAUCGCUGUCUAUAAACAAGGACAAAUAAGUUUGGGAUGAUAAAGAUGAUAAUAACAGCUCUCGUCACGUACAUCUACUACAGAAGUUUUGGCUUUUGUGAAUAUGAAGUCUUUCACACUUUGUAAGUAUUUGAGAUUUAUGGUUAAAAGGUUUCCUUGCAGUGGCCGUCUUAGUACUUGCAUCAAGAAUAAUGUGAUUUUCCCAUUGUUUUUGAAAAAUUUGUAAUAAAAGAAUAAGCCUAUCAGUGUCGCCGGUCCCGAAUUACAUCAAAGUAUUAAAAAAAUACAUUAUUGUACAGGAAAUAUUUAAGAGCAGUAUUAACAGUCAGGUUUUCAAGCUAAUUCAGUGACUGAUCAUGGAAGCUACAACACUAUGGCUUGGACAUGAUUUCAUUUCUGAUACAGACACAUGUACAUGUCGCUUAUCAAAUACAGUAUACUCUAGUCGGACUUUAUCGCAUUUAAAGAAAGACCUGUCCCUAUGCUGCAAAUGGCAUCGUGUAUUGAAGAUUUGGAUGUUUACCAGAUGAUCAUUGCCACUGAGAUGUUGAGAAAUGAUGGAGCCAUCACAAACAGUCACUCCUAUAUACAAUGCUGACCUUUUAUGACAUCCAUAGAUGCUUAUUACUACUUGUGACCGGUAUUUGAUAUGGGCAUUACUUUCUAAAGAGAAUUUACAAAAUAUCAGUUAAGCUGAUCGACUCAGCAUUUUUUUCUUACGUGGAAAAUAUGCCAACAAUAGAAAAACCUAUUUUUGAAAAACAUAAACAUUCUGCUUUUAGCAUCAUUGGUUGUGAAAUUCCCAUGAAAUUUGUUAACAUGGUCUCCAUGCUGCUUUUUGACAGUUGCAUCUGAAAUCCAUUGGGGCUCAAUAGUACAUUAGUUCUGUCUGGAAGUCUUGAUACGGUGACUCGUCCUGACCUCGCUAGGUGAUUACCGAAAAGCGAUUGGUUAUGUUUAUCUGCCCAUAGGCUUGCCCUCCAGUCUUUUUAAUUGAUAUGCAUCUUAAGGACCCACUUUGCCUGUGGUUCAUAAACAGUCUGCCAAUUUCAGAUGGAGAGAUCAAGGAGUGGCUGGUGUUAGGAGAGGGUGUGAGUCAUUUUAUGGAGAAAUAAAAAUAGAGGAAAAGAGAUAUAUAGAGAG